GAACAUACCACAGGAAAGAGACCUCAUUGAAGAGCUUGAGCUAGAGUGGGAUGCACGGAUAUCCCUUGUUCGGUGCGCGGUUCAUUCCCUCCAACUUGCGAUUGCGGAUGUUUUUGAUAAAGCUGAUCCGAAUCUUAAAUGCAUCACGGAAGUAGUACGUCAUCUACGUCAAAUUAAAUAUAAAUCAUUCGUCGAGGUUCAACAACUUGCCCUCCCUCCGCUCUGGUCACCAACACGUUGGGGCGGUAAAUACAAAAUGUUGUCUAGCAUUUUAAAGCAAGAAGUGAAAUUUGUUGAACUGGGAACUCAGUAUUCUGAAAUGUGUUUGGGCAAGGAUGAUUGGAGAUUUAUCAGAGAUUACGUUGAUGCUACCAGGCCGUUAUAUCACUGUACAAAGGUUAUGCAGGCCGAUCAUUAUCCCUUGUCACAAUUCUACAUCGACUGGUUGGUUGCCAUUCAGGAGAAUUUUAUUGCAGAUACUUGGAAACGAAUUCGCUCUCUAAGCCCAGUGGUGUCUUCUGAUGAAAAGGAACACACGAAUGCAUUUGACUUUAACGACAAAGUCGAUGAUAUAUUGACCAAAAUGUUUGGUGGGACAUUCAAUACAAGCUCUGACAAUUCUUCAACUUUUUAUAAUCAAAUAAGAGCUUUGGAUACACAGGAUCGUCAGCCCCAUACUUUCAAUGUGUGGAAACACUGGGUAGCUCGUAAAUAUACCCAUCCGGAACUACACUCCGUAGCUAUGGUUGUUUUGGCUACACCAUCCAGUCAGGUAUCGGUUGAAAGAGCGUUCAGUGCAUUGGCGAUAAUCCUUUCUGAUCAGAGAACUGGUUUAGGAGCGGAAACCCUUUCUAAUACUCUUCUAGUCAAAUUGAACAAGGAUCUUUCAGAUAAGGUUAUGUCAGACCUUUACAUCUGGAACGACACAAUCACAGAGAUGAAUUCAAACAACUAGAUUGCAAGACAGGUUUUAUAUUACUAGAUAUAUGUUAAGGGUUAUUAUAUGAGAACAGAUGUUUGUUGAAUUGAGUUUGCUUGAAACAAUGUUUCAAUAAAAGACGAACUUAAUCUUGUUAAUAAAAAAUAUAAUUUAAAACAACUUCCCACCUCUUUUCUUACAAAAAUUCCAAUACAACU